AUGAAGUUGGAAAACAAUAAUCCAUCAAUCUCUAUUGGAGGGCUGGAACCGCAGACAAACGAUCAUGAUGUGUCUUCUCUGGACAGGGACUCUGGCUUGGAUACUGGCGGUGCAAAAGAGAUCGUCUAUCUCAAGGGCAUCCGCUUCGUGAUGCUUGCCUCAUUAAUAGGCAUCAUGGUCUUCAUUAGAAUUGGUAUUGCACAGUGGCUUGGUGCUGAAGUCUUCGCUACUGUCGGAUAUGAUGACAAAAAGAAGCUGUUCAUGGAUCGAUUUGGCAUCCCUGCCGACCAUAUCUUCUACAGCCGCAAUACAUCUUUUGCGAAGGGCGUCAUGCGCAUGACCAAUGACUACGGCGUCGACGUGAUACUCAAUUCACUGUCUGGAGAGGAACUCAAAGCAAGGUGGGAAUGUAUCGCCCCUUAUGGACGCUUCGUGGAAAUCGGAAAAGCAGAUAUCAUCUCCAACUCCUCCCUGCCAAUGUCCUGUUUCGCCAAGAACAAAAGUUUUGCUGCUGUGGAUCUCGUCCACAUAUUAGAAUCGAGGCCGAAGUUAAUCACUCAGAUGAUGAAACGUCUUCUGGACCUACUUUCUCAAGGCAUCAUCAGCGGUCCCGACCCCUUGCACAUAUUUGGUCUUCCAGAUGUCGAGAAAGCAUUCCGACUCAUGCAGAGCGGAACAAACACAGGACGAAUCAUAUUGAACAGUUCCAAAGAUGACCUGGUUCAAGAUUUUGAUCCAGUCGCAUCUUACAUCGUUGCGGGAGGGUUUGGUGGCAUUGGCCGCGCUAUUCUCACGUGGAUGGUAGGAAGAGGCGCAAAAAAUCUGAUCGUACCAUCCAGAUCUGGAGCUUCGACGCAGGCAGCCUUGGCAAUUAUUGGAGAGCUGGCAGGCAGAGGUGUGCGUAUGAUGGCGCCACGCUGUGAUGCAGCCUCUUCCAACGACUUGACGGCAUUGCUGCACAAUUGUACCACAGACAUGCCCCCCAUUAAGGGGUGCAUAAACGCUGCCAUGGUGCUUCAGGAUUCAGUAUCCGAGAAUAUGAGCUAUACGCAAUGGUCAACAACGAUCCAAUCAAAGGUAGCCACGAGCUGGAAUUUGCACUCAUUGCUGCCGCAAGACAUGGACUUCUUCAUCAUGCUCUCUUCAAUCGCCGGUGUUUGCGGAUCUCCCGGUCAGAGUCACUACGCGGCCGGGUGUUCAUUCCAAGAUGCACUGGCUCGAUACCGAUCUGCAACUGGAUGUCGAGGCUCAGUAUCUGUCGACAUCGGCCGCAUGCGCAACAUUGGCAUCAUCGCCGAGACCGAAGAGUACCGCCGGAAACGAAAUGACGGCGCCCACAUGUAUACCGUCGAAGAGCCCGAUUUCUUUGCAUUGCUGGAGCACUACUGCGAUCCUUGCUUAGGCGUUUUGCACACCGACCACAGCCAACGUAUUUUCUCGCGCUGGGAGAGACGCCGCACCACAUCUUCACCCCGACCACUCUUUGCCGGAUUCAAUGCACCCCAUUUGCACAACGGCAGCGGUAAGAACUCGGCCGUCUCCACGCAGGUGGACGUGGCAGCACUUUUCCAACAGGCGACUACGCCGGCUGAGCGCAGCGCCAUUGUGGUUGAAGCCAUAGCAGCAAAACUGGCACGAACGCUCGAGGUCGCACUAGAACAGAUUGAUCUCCAUGAUAGUCUCUCCCAUUAUGGAACUGAUUCUUUAAUGGUUGUUGAGCUGCGUAACUGGAUACACAGGGACUUUGGAGUUGGCGUUGCCGUCUUUGAGAUCAUGGGUGGAGCUAGCAUAAUGGCAAUCGGAGACCUUGUGGCCAGAAAGGCUGAUGAGGAGUAA